UCUUCUUCGUCUUACUUUAAUUUACCACUCGUCAACAUAAUAGCAUCUUGAUGUUAGAUUUGUUGCACUGCCAAUAGUUGGAAGAUCUGGUAUGAUUUCUCAUGACAAUUUAUUGUUUUAGGAUCAUUGUAUGUUAGAUCAUGGAGGAGAUCGCAAGUGCGGCCACUGUGUUUAAUUUAUGGAGUGCGCGCAAUAUGAUUAAUAGUUGGCGUCGGCGUUGGCGUUCGCCUGAUAUAGAGCUUGGUUCUGCCAUUUCUGAGCCUGAACCUACGCCAGAGACUGAUCGACCUUCCAGAGAGGUAGAGUGUGCAAUUUAUGAAGUGCCUCAUCGACUGCGAAAAGUAAAGAAAAUAGCCUACGAACCAAAUGUGAUUUCAAUUGGUCCGUAUCAUCAUAAUAAGAAACACUUGAAGGCAAUGGAAGUUGUCAAACGAAGUUGCUUUGAUCAGAUAGUUGAGGUAACCAAACUUGAAUUCAGUGAAUUUUUAAAGGCCAUGAUAGCCUUAGAAGAACAAGUUCGCAAAUGCUAUAAAGGACCUAUUGACCAAUGUGACAAUUUGGUAGAAAUGAUGGUCUACGAUGGAUGCUUCAUUGUUCAGUUAAUCCGCAAUAUUUAUCCAGAAGUUCUUUACAAUCUAGCUAGACAUAGUCAAACUGACAUGUGGUAUGAUUUGUUAUUGUUAGAAAAUCAGCUUCCUUUCUUUGUGCUUUUCAAGUUGGAUUGCAUGAUAAUGCGAAAUGGUGAAGGAGAUCUCGAUGAGUUCGCUCGUUCAGCCAUUUAUUUUUUCCAAGCACUGCAAGUAUCGCAUAUAUGGUCUGGAAAUGGAAGCUAUACCUCUCCUGCAAAAGAUAUAAAGCAUCUUUUAGACUUGGUACAUAGUUGUUGUCGUCCUUCCCCUCCAGGAAUAAGGCAACACCAGAGAUUUAAAGUAGAAGUGAAACAAAAAUCUGACAGUUCAUGGAAGUUCAUACGCAGUGCUACAGAACUGGAAGAUGCAGGGAUCGGUUUCCUAGGCGAGAAGGUGUUAGAAGAUAACAAAAAGGAGGAAGACAUAAAGAGCUUAUUUGAUAUAACUUUCACAAAAGAGACCAAGGUAUUGAAGAUUCCAACCCUACACGUCGACGAUAAUACAGAGCGUGUCCUGCGUAAUUUCAUGGCCUACGAACAAUUCACUCGAAUCGGGGAACCAACUUAUGUUUCUGAUUAUGUGGUGUUCAUGGAUAAUCUCAUCAACACCGGCAAGGAUGUGCAAUUACUCUGCAACAAUGGAAUUAUUGAUAACUGGUUAGGGGAUGAUGAGGUAGUUGCGCAAAUGUUUAAUAAACUUCGUGACUUCAUAUGCUUUACAGACGACUUCUACUAUGCCGAGACAUUUGUUAGGGUGAACGAGCAUUGCAAGAGAAAGUGGAACAAAUAUAUGGCGAUACUGAAGAAAGAUUAUUUCAACUCUCCCUGGUCGCUUUGUUCGUUUGUUGCUGCGGUUGUAUUGCUCCUAGUUACCGUGCUACAAACCAUAUAUACAGUUCUCUCUUAUCAUAAGCAGUAACUUCCAUAAUUUUCGAUGUAGUUAAAUGUGGGGAAAUAUUCUAAAAAAUGUUAUCUUUUAUGCUGGAAACACUUGAUGUUUGUUUGGCUCAAUGCCUUGCCAAAGCAGAAGCGGACAGAGACUUCAUGAUCCAAGCAUGGAUUUAGCUGCAGCUGUGUUCUCUUUGGUGUCAGAAGUGUGCUAUGUUUUUGUUUCAACUUUUGUUUUCUUCUCUGUUGUGUUUUCUUUUUGUCCAACCUCUGUGAUGUUGAUGUGGGUUAUUUGCUAUGCUGUACUUCUCCAUACGGUAGUCGAUGUUUAGAUUUUAUGAUCAAAGGACAUCCUAAAUGUGACUCCAAAAUGUUUUUAGUUUAUAAAUGCAAUGUAUUACUUU